AUGGCUGUUUGUGGUCUUAGGACGCUUCUAUUAAUCGUCUGUAUCUUGGAGUUGAUUGUGACAGUACAACGGCAGGUCUUUGAUUUCCUGGGUUACAUGUGGUUACCUAUUAUAAGUAAUUUUAUAAAUAUUCUUCUUAUCAUAUUUGGGUCUUUUGGAGCUGUGCAGUAUGUGACUACAUAUCUUGUUGCUUAUGCCCUGUGGAGCUUAUUGUGGUUGACAUGGAAUAUUUUUCUGAUUUGUUUUUAUCUUAAUGUUGGAACUCUUAACAGGGAAGGUGGUUUUUUAUCACUUGGCACUGGAAGUGUUAGCUGGUGGGAGAGUAAUGGUUGGGGGUGUCAACCUGUGUGGGGAGAGGUUGAUGGGCCAGGGUCUUGGAGACCGGCCAGAGUAGAUGGCUGCUUUUUACCCUGGCACCACAUUGAACUGGCACAGUCUUCAAUAGCUGCAAUACUUACUGCCACAGCCUUGCCACUUACUAUAUUACUUGCUUUUAGGUCUUUUAAGAGACAUAAACCAUCUCCAGACAAAGGCACCUUACAAAGACGCCAGGUUUACACAAUAGAGUUAAGUCCCACCGAGACAAAUAUAAGCGAGAGCUCCCUCAAACCCAUGACUCCACGCCGUGUGAAACGACGUUCUCGCCGAUCUUAUAGAAACGCUGGCUAUAUAGCUUCAAAUGCAUCAUUGCCUGCCGAUUCUAGAACAUCGCGACCUACUUCCGCCCAUUCCUCUUACUCAAAUUUUCAUGCAGCACGGCCAAAUUCAUACAUUCACCCGCCAGAUAGUACUAUUUGCUCCCAAGAUACAUAUGAAUUGCCACCUCCACCAGUUGAGUCAAUACCAAUAAUGACUAACAGAUAUGAAACUGUGAGGAGAAGUAAGGCUAAACGAGGGCAGGAUGUCGUUGGGCCAUACAAAGAGCCAAAUAGAUAUGAGCCGCCACUGAACUACGAUAACAAUGCGCCGUAUCAGGUCAAUCGGGGAUACGAAGGACAAAGCUAUGAAAACAGGGAAAUGUCUCCAAAUGAGAGUUUAUAUGUGGGUAGUGGUUAUGGAGGUGGUUACGUGUGCGAAGGAGCUUGGGAGGCACCUCCUCCCCCAGCUCCGCCUUACUCCGCCAGAGCCACCCCACAGGCGCCAGGGCCGCCAGCAUACCAGCCCAAUAAUGAUCCUUGUGAUGAAUGUAACACUCACUUAACCUAG